AUGACCUACCGCAUAACAGCCGAACAGCGCAACUCCCUCUCCGAGGUGAUAGGGCCAAAUCGGUUGCUCCCUGAGAACGCCGAUGCGUUCUUCACCCUCCUGGAGUCGUGGUGCAACGACACCCACUGGAGAGCGGAGACGUGCGAUAUGGUGCGCUCCUUCAUCGCGGACGGGAUGGGGUUCAUGCUCCAGAGGCUCUUUCGCGAUCAGUACGGCCAACAUCCCGAGUUCGACCGCGUGACGCGCGGGCAGACCUACCACCGUCAGCCAAGCCUGGCCGAGAUCGAAGAGCUCAGCGCGCGCAUGAGGUUCGCCGUCGAACAGGGCGGCAGUGCCCUAAGCAUCCUGGAGGAAUUCAAACGGAAGAACCCCCACUACAACUCGACGCUCAGGCCCGUUACAGAUCUCGCCACACAGACCCACGUCAUCAAGGACGACGGCAUUAUCCUCUUCCCCCGACACUUUUGA